CAUCCCCUAUUGGUUAGGAGAGCCCCAGCGCGUCCAAUCACCGGAGGACUCCUCUUUUCAGGAUGUCCCCGCAGGUGAGAGAGGGGGCGGGUUUGUUUUCGCUUCGGUCUCACAAUGUUUUUACCUGAAGGAGAGAGAGGAGGCUGGAGUGGCUGAAUUAACGAGAAAUUUUUUCAGAAGAUAAAACUGGAUUAUCCUUGAAGAUGGAGCCUGUCCAUAUUAAACAGGAGAGUCCUGUCCUAGAAUCAGUCCAUAUUAAAGAGGAGAGUCCUGUACUAGAAUCAGUCCAUAUUAAAGAGGAGAGUCCUGUACUAGAAUCAGUCCAUAUUAAAGAGGAGAGUCCAGUACUAGAAUCAGUCCAUAUUAAAGAGGAGAGUCCAGUACUAGAAUCAGUCCAUAUUAAAGAGGAGUCUCAUCAUUCUAACUGUCAUGAAUGCAGGGCGGAUUUCAGACGCCACAGCACCGUGAAACACCACCUGCGAGUUCUGAAGGUACAGCUGGGUUAUCCUUGUGAAAGGCAGGAUUCAGAGAUGGAGCUUCCUGAACUAGACCCUGUCCAUGUUGAAGAGGAGGGUAACCAUUUUAAAACAAGCAGCUUGCAGGGCUCACUGUCCUGUACAGAAUGUGGAAAGAGUUUCAGUCAGUUACAAAAACUGAAACUUCACCAGAGAAUCCACACAGGAGAGAAACCAUAUGUGUGUGCUGACUGUGGGAAGAGUUUCAGAACGUUAGAUAACUUGAAAACACACCAGCGAAUCCACACUGGAGAGAAACCAUAUGUCUGUGCUGACUGUGGGAAGAGAUUCAGUCAGUUACAACACCUGAAACUUCACCAGCAAAUCCACACUGGAGAGAAACCGCAUGUCUGUGCUGACUGUGGGAAGAGUUUCAAUAAUUUACAAAACCUGAAUCUUCACCAGCGAAUCCACACUGGGGAGAAACCACAUGUCUGUGCUGACUGUGGGAAGAGCUUCAGACAGUUAGGCAAUUUGAAAACACACCAGCGAAUCCACACUGGAGAGAAACCGUAUGUCUGUGCUGACUGUGGGAAGAGAUUCAGUCAGUCAGGCCACUUGAAAACACACCAGAGAAUCCACACUGGAGAGAAACAACAUGUCUGUGCUGACUGUGGGAAGAGUUUCAGAUGGUCACAAAGCCUGAAACGUCACCAGCGAAUCCACACAGGAGAGAAACCAUAUGUGUGUGCUGACUGUGGGAAGGGUUUCAGACAGUCAGACAAAUUGAAAACACACCAGCGAAUCCACACUGAAGAGAAACAACAUGUCUGUGCUGACUGUGGGAAGAGUUUCAGACAGUCAGGCAAAUUGAAAACACACCAGCGAAUCCACACUGGAGAGAAACCAUAUGUCUGUGCUGACUGUGGGAAGAGUUUCAAUCAUUUACAAUACCUGAAACUACACCAGCGAAUCCACACUGGAGAGAACCCACAUGUCUGUGCUGACUGUGGGAAGAGUUUCAAUCAUUUACAAUACCUGAAACUACACCAGCGAAUCCACACUGGAGAGAACCCACAUGUCUGUGCUGACUGUGGGAAGAGUUUCAAUGAGUUACAAAACCUGAAAAUUCACCAGCGAAUCCACACUGGAGAGAAACCGCAUCCGUGUCAUAAAUGUGAAAAAAGUUUAACCCGCGCUCAGAAAUUCCAGUCGUUUUAAACAGCAGCGUAAUAUAGAAUCUGUGAGAUCUCUGGUGAAUGUCUACAGAUGAUACAGAUUCAUCAAUAUUAAACACAGUGCUCUGAAGCCGUUACAUUAUAAAGUACAUUCUUAGUUUGCAAUCCAUUGAAUAUACAGACGCCUCAGAGCGUUGUGUGAUACGAGGUGAAGCUGAGUGCCUCCAACCCCUGAGAAGUCUGUAUAUUCAACGUAUACGGUGUGGGAGAAAUUCAUAGUUGUAAUUGAAUGUACUUUAUAAAAUGACAUUUCAAAUCUUAAACUAUGAGGCUUAAGAUGCUGUGAUGUUAAUUAAGUGUGUCUUCCCCCAGCUUUCUCCCAUAACAUUCAAGAUCUGCUUCAAAGGACUGGAUAUUAGUAACAGAGGGUCAUAAAGAUUUAAAUUGGAUUCAGUUCAGAUUACCUGCCAGUCUGAUCUAAACAAACAGAGCUGAUUCUUAUCUGUUAAUUAAGAAAGUCUGUCUGGAAGCCAGGAUACAACUUUCUUCCUAUAAAGGGUUAAGAAGUGCGACACCUGGUGGAUACGAGGUGCCAUGACUUUCAAGCCAUGAAAUGAAUUGUUAUCCUGAAACACAAGUGAAUGAAACUGACAUGUUUAUCCUUCUGUCAUCAAUAAAACUAUAUUUUGUUUCUAUACAUGUUUUGAAUCCUGUUCUCUCUCCCCCUCUCUCUCUCUCUCUCUCUCUCUCUCUCUUUCUCUCUCUCUAUGGAGGAGGGUCGCUCCCUGUGUUAAUGACGCACAUUGCUUGUGUAAAAGGAAGCGUCAUUCAAAUUUGUAAGCCAAUGAAAGGACUGAUUUCGGUCAGGGAUUACCUUCCUGUUUUACCCGGAAGUGAUUGGAUCACCACAGUAAACUCCUCUUGGGGCGCUGUAUUUAAAUCGCAACACUCAUGAAAUGUUUGAAAAAUUAUCUCUUAAACUAUCCCUUUGAAUUCGUUUUGAAUCACAGCCUGUUGACUCUCCAGCUCCUAUCUGUUCAACUCUUCCUAACAUCAUGAACUGCAUUGGAAUGAAGAGAUCAAGCUGUUUUAAUCAGCAAGAAGGGUUUCUAUUACCAUGAUUAGCAAGCUGUGUGUUAAUUGAGUUUAGAUGAGCUUCAAGAUUGAGAGAAAUAAUCUGAGUAAACCCGAUCUGUGUGACACUGAAUUCAUUUCAUGAAGUGUCUGAAGAGACCAGAAGACUCUGCCAGUGUGUUUUGUGUGGGACGUGGGCCUCGUUUUAUUAAUAAGUUUCUUUUUCGUUCUAUUUUAACGUUAUGCUUGAGUUUUUAAAGGUUGUAUUUAACUUCCAGUGACACGUAAACUCAGUAUAUGAAAGAGAAGGAGUUGCUUCAGUAAAUAUCAAUGCAUCACAUCUGCAUCAAAGAACAGGAAAGCAUCUAUACAAUAGAGUUCAAUGUAGAAUGGAAUGUGGGGAUUUGAAACUAAUAAAUGGUAAACGUUGUUCAGAUUUGAAA